GCAGGCGGUGACUGUACUCCAGUCCAUAUCCACGCGAGCAGAGGAAAGGGGCGGUAAUCUCACCCGAUAGAGGGGAGAGUAACCGGAUCCCAAGAGACCGCGUAAAGAUAGAGACCCCGCGGGUUGCACGUUUUCUUCAUCGUUAAGUCCUCCUCCCUGUACCUCGCUCUGCUCCCCUGAUCCCGUCACCGCCGCUGCCGUUGACUCAAAGAAUUGCUGGCCUUUCAUCAGAUGGACGCUUUACGCGUGUUUUCUCUGCCCCCAGGGUUUGGUUUUCAUCCAACAGAUGUCGAACUUAUUUCUCAUUAUUUGAAGGGGAAACUUCUUGGCCGGAAGAUUGAUCUAGACAUUAUACCAGAGAUUGACAUCUACAAGCAUGAACCUUGGGACUUACCUGCAAGAUGUCAAGUUCCCACUAGAGAUAGCAAGUGGCACUUCUUUGCGUCUCGAGACAAGAAGUAUCCCAAUGGUUCCCGCUCAAAUAGAGCCACAGCAGCAGGUUAUUGGAAGUCUACCGGUAAAGAUCGGGACAUCAGGCACAAAAAUCGCACUAUAGGCACCAAAAAGACCCUCGUGUUCCAUGAAGGUCGACCUCCUUGCGGCAAGCGUACAGAUUGGAUCAUGCACGAGUACUAUUUAAAUGAAAAUGAAUGUAAAGCUAAUCCAGAGUUGAAGGAUGCAUUUGUUCUCUGCCGCAUAACCAAACGUGAUGGCUGGAUGCAAGAUGAUGUGAAUAUCAACGAGUAUGUCUCCCCGCAGUCUGAUAAUGUCAAUUCUGAGAUUAUACAGUCUGAGAAUGCAAGUAACUGCUCAAACCAGCCAAAUGAAGUGGCAUCAGUAGAAGUGGAGAAACCAUCAAGUCCGUCCAUGAGCGCAGAGGAGCUUGAAGCAUGGUUUUCGGAGCUUUUAGUUCCUACUGAACCUCAACUCAAUACUUUUGGUGAUGUCAAGAGUGAAACUGAGGUAUGCUACAAUCUCUUAUCCAAGUCCUAGAGCUUUAUGUCAAGAGUGAAACAGAUAGAAGAGAUUAUUGAGAGGAAUAAUAUUCCUUGAUAAUAUAGAAGAGAUUAUUGAGAGGAAUAAUAUUCCUUGAUAUUAUAGAAGAGAUUAUUGAGAGGAAUAAUAUUCCUUGAUAAUACUUUAACUCAGAAAAUUCAAAAUGAAAAUCCUAUCAUCAAACUAGCAAAAACAAUGAAGAGGAAAUACCCUCAAGCUAUAGAGGCUGAAAUUCAGCAAAAAUGCCUUGAGCAUAUGAAAAAACAAUUCUUUGAUGUAUUUGACAAUAGUUAUACUAUGUCAACAAAAUCCACUCAAAGUGAUCAAGGGAUAAAUAUAUCCCUACUGACGGACGGGAUCCUUAUGAGGAAAAUAUGGAAGAAAUGUGGGAAGCAACCAUGGGAGUCCUCACAGACGUGAAAGGUAAAGGUAUAGAGAGAAUGUAU